AUGAAAUUAGUUAUCAACAAAAUAAUUUAUGAGGAACAAUCAGCUUUCUUGUCUAUUAGGAGCAUUCUCGAUGGUCCACUUAUUCUAAACGGAUUGAUACCAUGGUUGAGGCGAACCAAGAAAAAAGGCUUCAUCUUCAAAGUAGACGUCAAAAAGGCUUAUGACUCGCUAAAUUGGGAUUUUGUUGACUCUGUUUUGGAUCAAAUGAAAUUCCCCUUGGUUUGGAGAAGAUGGGUGAUGGCCACCACUAAGAAUGCCUGGGCUUCUGUACUUGUUAACGGGUCGCCUACACAAAAGUUCAAUUCUCAUAGAGGGUUGAGGCAAGGCACCCAUUAUCGCCCUUCCUCUUUAUCGUCGCUAUGGAAGCCUUGA